UCAACUGCCGUUUGACAAAUAUGGCCGAAGAAGAGAAGCCUCGCAAGUCGCGCUUUAAGCGUGUCAAGACGUCCGACGACCGCGACAAUCCAUACCUCCAACAUAUGUACACCGACAGCGAUUCCUCGAGCGGCGUGCACCUGAAUGGUGGCGGCGCAAAUGGCCACUCGUCCUCCAAUGGCGCCAGUGGAGAUAUGAGCACAUGGAAGAGGCACACAACGACGGCGGCUAUGGCUAAGAUGGCGGAAGACGGGCCCAGCAAUCCCUUCACUGGCGAGCAACUGAGUGAUCGUUACUUUGGCAUCCUCAAGGUCCGACGAGAUCUCCCCGUGCAUGCGCAAAGGCAGGAGUUCUUGGACAUGUUUCAGAAGACACAGAUUUUGGUAUUUGUCGGAGAGACGGGUUCAGGAAAGACGACGCAGAUCCCCCAAUUCGUGCUGUAUGACGAUCUGCCCCAAAUGCAAGGGAAGAUGGUGGCAUGUACGCAGCCUCGUCGUGUAGCUGCAAUGUCGGUGGCUCAGCGUGUUGCUCAAGAGUUGGAUGUGAAACUCGGGGAGGAAGUCGGAUACAGCAUUCGUUUCGAGGACAUGACGAGUGAAAAAACGAUCCUGAAGUACAUGACGGACGGUAUGCUGUUGCGAGAGGCAAUGAACGACCACGAUUUGAAGCGGUACAGCUGCAUCAUACUUGAUGAAGCUCACGAAAGAACACUAGCCACGGAUAUCUUGAUGGGUCUGCUGAAGGAAGUUGUGAAGAGGAGGCCUGAUUUGAAGAUUAUUAUCAUGUCUGCCACUCUUGAUGCACAGAAGUUCCAGAAGUACUUCAACAACGCGCCUUUACUGGCCGUGCCUGGACGAACGCAUCCUGUUGAGAUCUUCUACACUCCGGAGCCGGAGAGAGAUUAUGUCGAGGCAGCACUGCGAACAGUGUUGCAAAUCCAUGCCACAGAACCAGAGGGAGAUGUCCUGUUAUUCUUAACGGGUGAAGAGGAAAUCGAAGACUGCUGUCGAAAGAUCAGUAUGGAGGCUGAUGAGAUGAUUCGAGAAGCCGGAGCUGGACCUCUCAAAGUAUAUCCGCUGUACGGUUCUUUGCCUCCAGCACAACAGCAGAAGAUCUUCGAACCUGCGCCUCCUCCAUAUCAAGCGGGCGGGAGACCGGGGCGGAAAGUCAUCGUGUCGACCAACAUUGCCGAAACUUCUUUGACCAUUGACGGUAUCGUGUACGUGGUUGAUCCUGGCUUUAGCAAGCAAAAGGUCUACAAUCCCCGAAUACGCGUCGAAUCACUUCUGGUGUCUCCUAUUAGCAAAGCAUCGGCACAGCAGAGAGCAGGUCGUGCUGGACGUACGAGACCUGGUAAAUGCUUCCGUCUGUAUACUGAGGGUGCAUUCAAGAAGGAGCUCAUUGACCAGUCAUACCCAGAAAUCCUGCGAUCAAAUUUGGCCAACACUGUGCUGGAGUUGAAGAAGCUCGGCAUUGAUGAUCUGGUCCACUUCGAUCUGAUGGAUCCACCUGCACCAGAAACUUUGAUGCGUGCUCUGGAGGAGCUGAACUAUCUUGCAUGCCUGGAUGAUGAAGGAGAGCUUACACAUCUCGGCAAGCUUGCUUCAGAAUUUCCUCUCGAUCCGGCACUGGCAGUGAUGCUGAUCAGUUCUCCGGAAUUCUACUGCUCGAACGAAGUGCUGUCUAUGACUGCAUUAUUAAGUGUUCCACAAGUCUUCACCCGUCCGGCGGCAAAGCGAAAGCAAGCUGACGAGAUGAAGUCGCUCUUCACGCAUGAAGAGGGUGACCAUCUCACAAUGCUCAACGUCUACCACGCUUUCAAGGGACCAGCUGCGCAAGAGAACGCGAAGCAAUGGUGUCAUGAUCACUAUCUGUCCUACCGUGCUCUGCAACAAGCAGACAAUGUCCGCAUGCAGCUGAAACGCAUCAUGGAGCGCGAAGAGAUCGAACUCGUCAGCACCGAUUUCAACGACAAGAAUUACUACACCAACAUUCGCAAAGCGCUGUGUGCUGGCUUCUUCAUGCAAGUCGCCAAGAAGGAUACUUCAGGCAAGACGUACGUCACGGUCAAGGACAACCAGUCUGUUCUGUUGCAUCCCUCGACUGUGCUAGGACAAGACAGCGAGUGGGUGCUGUACAACGAAUUCGUCCUAACGAGCAAGAAUUACAUCCGAACAGUCACUGCUGUGAAGCCAGAGUGGCUGCUUGACAUCGCACCGAAUUACUAUGACGUUGAUUCGUUCCCCAAGGGAGAGGUGCAGUCGAGUUUGAGGAGAACGGCGCAGAAAAUGGCGAGAAGGAGUGAGAUGAAGACUCGAUAAGUGGAUUGUGUAAUACUUACCAAAAAGGCUUUGGUCGUGAAGUACAGAUGCUGAAUGCGUUGCAUAUAUGCAGAACGUGUGGCUUUUGACAAACAUGGAUAGAAAAAUGAACGGAACUGAAGCAUUGUCGCUGCCUUUGCGGCACAUUGACGCUCGUAUUGACCUGCAAAGCGAACCUCAUCCAUGUUUGCUUAGCGACGCAAGAAUGCG